UCCGAAAUGGCCUAUGGUAUUUGGAUGCGCAGUUUGCACCAAGCUGAUGCCUGCAACAAGGUCAACCAUCUGCCAGAGCCACAGCGCUGCCAGUACGUGAAGGAAACGGCGGACUGCAUGGACAACAUGUAUCUGAUCAACUACCUCACGUGGCACUACUGCCAUGUGGAUUCGCGCAACAAGUUCAAUGCCUUUUGGAGCAUGCUGGCCAUGACGGUGGUCGCCACCUACAUCUUCUGGAUGAUGCAGAAGUCCGUGCGGGCAUACUUCUGUCCCACGCUCAAGGUGCUGGCGGACACCUUCAGCAUGAACGAGAACGUGGCCGGGGUGACGCUGCUGACCAUUGCCAAUGGAUCGUCGGAUCUGUUUACGGCCAUUGCCGGCAUGCUGGUCUUCUCCAAGUGGGGCUUCCUCAUGUCCAUGGCGCAGACACUGUUCCAGCAGACAUUCGUGGCGGGCCUGGUGAUGCUCACGAGGCCCUUUCACGUGGAGCCGGGCUACUUUCUGCGGGACUUUGGCUUUCUCUUUCUGAACACAACCUUCAUGGACUUUAUCCACAAGCGGGAGUCGGGCAUCACGAAGCUGGGCGCCAUUCCGGGCGCACUCAUCUACUUGGCCCACGUCCUGGUGGCCGUCAUGGAUCAGCGGCUGCUGGAGGCUCGCGUUCACCAACUGCAGAAAAUUGAGAACAGCGAGCUGCAGGCGGAGCAGCUGGAGGAGCUCAUGCGGCAAGCGGAUCUGGGUGUCCAUCGGGAGAAGAUCGAUCGCAGUGCGGCCCGACGUCACGGUGGCGCCAACAGGCAGCUCUUGCAGCAGUUCUGGGCAUCGAUCUUCAGGUUCGACAAGGACCAAUUCCGGCGCGGAUCCUUCUGCGUGCGUUUCUAUCUGCUGAUCAAGGAGCCCAUGGAAAUGCUGCUCCGUCUGCUGGUGCCUGUGGUGGACGUGGAGAAGCCCGACUACGGCUGGUCCAAGCUGCUCUGCUGCCUGCAGUUCAUCAUUGCCCCCACCUACAUCUUCUUCAUAUUGCUCAAGGAUGUCUCCCUUUUGGGCACGGCCGCCUACAUCAUGACCUUCUACGUUAUGCUGCCCCUGGGCUGCCUCAUCUUCUGGCGCACGCGCACCGACACCACGCCCAAGUUCUUCAGGUUCACGGCCAUUCUGGGCUUCAUUUCGGUCAUCUUUCUGAUCUUCUUUCUCACCUCGGAGGUGAUGGCCAUGUUCUUCACCAUCGGCACCAUCUGGCACAUGAGCCAGUCCUUUGUCAUGGCCACCGCCAUCUGCUGGGGCCUCAAUGCCGGCGAUCUGGUGGCUGGCAUAGCGCUGGCACGCCAGGGAUUUCCACGCAUGGCCUUUGCGGCCACCUUUUCCUCUCCAGUGUUUGGGACCUUUGUCAAUCUGGCCCUGCCCCUGGCCCUGGAGACAACCGUGCGCUCCGUGGCCAAUGCAUUCCCGGUGGAAGAGGGCAGCUUCGGGGAGACCGUCUGCAUCUUCGUGGAGGUGAGCCUGGUCAUCUCCCUGAUGUCCGCCCUGACGACCAACUUCCAGAUGCGUCGCGCCUGUGGCAUGCUACUCGUCGCCUACUAUCUGUUCUUUCUGGCCGUGCUGGUGCUGCUCGAGACCGAUGUGAUCCAUGCCUACGGUGUGGAUAAUUAGAUAAAGAGAGAGGGAGACAGAGGCAGAGUGUUCCCAUGCUGCCAUCAAGUAUGCAAAUUCCCCUUGCGAGAUGAUUUAUGCCUCAUUAAAUGGCAAAUUCGAUUCUUUUGGCUCUUGAUUUCCUCUUGUCGCAGCAGCUUCGCGCAAUGCUAAUGGACUCUGCGAGUGUGCUAUGUAAUGUGCCCCGCGGCAGUCCAACGCAACGCAAGCCUCACUGUACACCCCGAAAAAGUGGACAAACGUGUGCUUAAUCAUACGGAAUCAUUGCUGGCUGUGGGUCUGCUUUCA